UUCAGGUUUGGCAGUCGUUCGUACUAUUGGAACGCGGACCUGCAGCAACCCACGGAAGCACUGCCGGUGCAGUGUGUGAACAAGAUCGACCCACAGGAUCCUCAGUUUGGUAGGGUAUACUACCCGAAUGACACCCGUCCUACGGAAAUCGCCUAUGGCUGUGCAGAAGGCGACUACUGCUGCGGAUACGAUUGUUGUCAGGAAGGAACGUUCUUCACCAGCCUCUUUCGCCUUCUGGUGUUCAUUCUGGUGAUGUCCGUGCUCGGGGUGAUCUGCAUUGAAGCCUUUCGAUGGGCUCUGAAUUGUAUAUACAUGUGUAAAUAUGGUCACCCACUCCUAGCCAACAAUUCGCUUCUCCGUGUGCCUUCUCACGACGAGUGUAACCUCGAAUGA